AUGCUCGUCUUCGGUGCUGCUCUACUUUUCUUUGGGCUCUCCAAAUGUCAAGCUGUGACGGUACCUAACCCCGACUUUCCACCCGAAUGCAGGGCUGGUGAAGCUAAUCUCUACGACCCGGCGCAGUCCAUGGAGGUACCUUGGUUCAAUGUUGAUUUGGAUGCUCCUGCAAAGGAAAGGUUUAAACACGUUGUGAGGCCGUUUAAAAACCAGAUUCAAGCCGUUUUCGACGUUUUAGGCCACUUUUUUGAGAUAAUCCCAGGAAUUCCUAUUUGGGACAUGCUUGGAGAUCUCAUGCUAAAAGUUUUUGAAGAAGGAAUGAUCAUGCAGCCGUACAAGGACGAAGUGCAAGGAAUAGCUGACGAGUUGGGAUGCAACCUAGGUCAACUUGCUUUUCUCAACAUUUUCUACGAGUUAUCUCGUUUCUGCACUUCAAUCGUUGCCCAGCCGACUGGCAACAGAGAUAUGUGGCAUGCAAGAAAUCUCGACUUCGGACAGCUUUUCGUCUGGAAUAUCGCAGCACAGUCAUGGGAUCUCACCGAUACGCUUAAAAAAGUUACCAUCAAUUUGAAUUUCAUUCGAAACGGGACCGUGCUGUUCAAGGGUACAACGCUUGCCGGACAUGUUGGUAUACUCACAGGAAUGAAACCAAAUGCCUUCUCUCUGUCGAUGAACUCCAAGGUUCAGCCGGACAUCAAAAAUAUCAUCUCAUGGUUGAACGGCGAUCAGCCUGACAUUCAAUUUGCGAUGUACUUCGAUAGAAAACUCUUCGAGGAAGCGAACACCUUUGACGAAGCCAGAAAAUUCAUCUAUGAUGUGCCAAUGCUCUCUGGAGCGUACUUUAUUCUAGGAGGCGCUAAGCCAGGGCAAGGAUCGGUGAUUGUGAGAAAUACCACAGAUGUUCAGUUUGAGCGAAAACUCUUUGAUGGAGAUAAUGACUGGUUCGUUCUGCAAACAAACUAUGACCCGGACAAGGAGCCCCUUUAUCUUGAUGAUCGUCGUGAUCCAGGAAAUGCUUGUAUGAGACAACUAGGCCAGUCUCGCGUUAAUGCUUCAGGACUUUACCAGGUACUGAAAUCUCGUCCAACUCUGAACAAAACCACCGUUCAUACGGUUAUCAUGUCGGUCACGCAGGACGUUUAUCAAACUUUUAUCCAAUCUUGUCCUAAUCCUUGCUGGGCAUUUUAG